AUGAUCCCGCCGUCAACCACUUGGUCAACGCAGCAGCAUUUUUCGAUGAAGCUCUGGUGCCGGACUUUGCGGUAGAAAACAACACGGCGAUACUCUAUACCACUUUGGGAACUUACAGACGGAAGCGAGAUGAGCUUCCUAGACGGAUUCGCGAAUUGGGCAAAGUGAAGCCCCCGUUGAUAUCCCUGCUGCAGAGGCUGGAGAGUGUCUAG